UACAGACGGACCUCAGUGCGCACGCGUGAAGGCGGCUAAAUUCAAAACUCAAGACGUUAGCAUCGAGACUUGUUCACAUUAGCUUCAAAUUGUUACGUAUCGUAUGUAAUGUGGUUGAAGAUAAACGACUUGAAAAUGGUUUCAAGUUAGUUAAGAAGUAAUAACAAAAAACGUAUUUGUCUUAGAACGCCGCAACAUCUCAAUCAACAAUAGCAAGUUGACGAUGGAGCCUCUGGAUCCUCCAAAGAAUAAUGAAGGCAGUGGAUUUUCAAAGCGCCGCCUUUCCUCGAUUUUAAAAGCACCACGGAAAUCAGCCAGGUUCGCUGACCAAGAUCAGCAAGAAAAUGUGGUGGAACGUGUCAAACCAGUGGAAAAGAGGAAUUCAAGACGAGUCAGUUUUGCCCCUGCUAAUGACGUCCUUCUGUUUUCUAAGGAUGUCAAAAAUGGCUCCCCUGUCCGAAGCCCUUUGCAAGAAAUAAUAACAGCAACAGGAGCAACAACCACACAAAAUAGGGUGCAAGUGGGAGUCACUGAAGAUGGGAGUGAAAUCAUUGGUAUGGAAACUCUUUUGAAUGCUCCUCUACAUGUUUCCCAACAAAAGGAUAAGGCCACUGGAGAUGACUUUGGGGAGAAAACAGUGAUGUUUUCCACAGAAGACGCAGCCAUGGACAUGACCCAAAGCCACACUAUAAAUAUUGCUGCAGACAUACCUGAAGAUAUACCCCUUGACAACUAUGACAUUUUCCCAGUUCUUGGAGAAAAUCGCUUGAUAGAUGAUAAAGCCACAGUCCUACCACUAUCCACAGGCAGAAAUGUCGACGUAAGCACAUCAUUGUCAUGUUUGGAUCCUGGAUUUGAAAACUUCCUUGCAAGUCUGUCUAAACCAAGUGGCCAGAGCACUAAUGCUGUAAACAUCACGAUGACUCUUCCUGCUGAACCAUCCUCCGAAGAAACAAAAGGCUCCCUGGUCCAGAUUAAAACACAAAGGCCUAAUUUGGAUAAAGAAAAUCAAGUUCCAGUGUCCGUUUCUGCUCUGAUGGAGAAGACACCACAUAACACCAGGAAAACUGGAGAAUCAUCCUAUAGGAGUGCACUCUGUCCAGAAGAUGAUGUGAGCAUGGAUAUGACUGAAGCCCAGACAGGUCGCAUCCUGGGAGUCUGUGAUGAUGACGAUAAUCCUUUCCAGUGUCUUUUUCCUACUCAAGACAUGUACACCCACUCACAGAUGAAACGGCAGCAGAGCAGUAAAGCAUCAGGAUUAACCAACCCAAAAGAUAAAGUGUCCUUGAUAAAUCCUCUCGUACCUGCUCCUCAUCAAAGACACAAGGUGAGCUCUGAUGCGAAAAACGAAUGCAGAGAGAAGACAGUAGUGUUUGCUGGAGAUGACGAGUUUAUGGACAUGACUGGGUGUCACACAGUAAACAUCGCCUGUGGUCCAUUGGUUCCAGAGGAAAAAUCAGCAGAUAUUCAUAAAGAGAACUUGCCACUAAAUACCACUCAAAAUGUUAGAGAGCCUUUUAAAGGCAUUACCAUAUGUCCUGAACUAGACAUGGAUAUGACAGAAGCUCAAACUGGCCACAUUUUGGAAGGUGUGCAGGACGAUCCUUUUCAGUUUCUUUUUCCACCACAAGACAUGUACACCCACUGUCUCAAGAAAGCAGAUAGUACUUCAGGACAGCGGAUAAGUGAAGCACUCAAAUCAUCUAACCAUAAAGGUAUUGAAGCUUCAUCUUCAAAGGCACUAAAAAAUCAGAACAAACCUGACAUUGAGAACAACUCCAGCGACAAAACAGUGAGAUUUUCUGCAGAUGAUGCCUGUAUGGAUGUGACACGAAGUCACACUGUAAAUAUCCACCAGUUGCAAGUACAGUCUGACCAAAAUUUUGACUUUUUACCUGCUAAAGAGAAAACUUUAAGAUUCACUCCAGAUGACAGUAUUAUGGAUAAGAAUUAUGGCCUCACUACAAACACUUCCAGUGAUUCAGCGUCCAAUUCAGUUAAUUCUGAGAAGAAACAAGACCGUCAAAUAUGUGAUCUGCCUAGGAACACAUCUUUGUCAGCACAUAGUUUGGACCCAGGGUCAAAAAACCUUACAGCUUCCUCCAGCAUUAAUCCUAUAAUUACUAAAAUGACCUCUAAUGGAAAUGCAGUCUGUCCUGAAGGAGACAUAAGCAUGGACAUGACUGAAGCUCAAACUGGCUACAUUUUGGAAGGGGAUGCAGGCACAGCUACAGAUGCCCGUCUUCAGGAUCUUUUUCCCACGCAAAGCAUACACCCCCAAAGUGGUAAUGUCAGAAAAGCUGACUGGCAGAACAGUAAAGCAACUGGAUUAUCAAGCUGUAAAGGUAAAGAAAAUUUCCUGAAGACUUCUGGAAACACAAAGGUGCAAAGACAGCAGGUUAAGCUUAAUGUGGAAGAUGACUGCAAAGAGAAGACAGUGGUUCCUGUUACACAAAGUCUCACAGUGAACAUUGUCAGUGAUUUAGAACUGCAGUCUCACCAAGACACAGGCCUCUUACCUGCUAAUGGAGAAAAGACAGUGAGGUUCAGUAUAGAUGAUGCUGCAAUGGAUGUGACACGAAGUCACACUGUGAACAUUGCCACCGAUGUAAACCUGCUGUCAGAUCACAGUUUACCUCUCCAUGGAGAAAAGACGGUGAGGUUUGGUAUAGAUGAUGCUGCCAUGGAUGUGACACGAAGUCACACUGUGAACAUUGCCACUGAUGUAAACCUGCUGUCAGAUCACAAUUCAGACCUUUUACCUCCUACCGGAGAAAAAACUGUGAGGUUCAGUACAGAUGAUGCUGCCAUGGAGGUGACACGAAGUCACACUGUGAACAUUGCCACCAAUCUAAACCUGCAGUCAGAUCACAAUUCAGACCUUUUACCUCCUAUCGGAGAAAAAACUGUGAGGUUCAGUACAGAUGAUGCUGCCAUGGAGGUGACACGAAGUCACACUGUGAACAUUGCCACUGAUGUAAACCUGCAGUCAGAUCACAAUUCAGACCUUUUACCUCCUACCGGAGAAAAAACUGUGAGGUUCAGUACAGAUGAUGCUGCCAUGGAGGUGACACGAAGUCACACUGUGAACAUUGCCACCAAUCUAAACCUGCAGUCAGAUCACAAUUCAGACCUUUUACCUCCUAUCGGAGAAAAAACUGUGAGGUUUGGUACAGAUGAUGCUGCCAUGGAUGUGACACGAAGUCACACGGUGAACAUUGCCACCGAUGUAAACUUGCUGUCAGAUCACAGUUUACCUCUCAAUGGAGAAAAGACGGUGAGGUUCGGUACAGAUGAUGCUGCCAUGGAGGUGACACGAAGUCACACUGUGAACAUUGCCACUAAUCUAAACCUGCAGCCAGAUCACAAUUCAGACCUUUUACCUCCUACUGGAGAAAAAACUGUGAGGUUUAAUACAGAUGAUGCAGCGAUGGAUAUGACACGAAGUCACACUGUGAACAUCAUCAAUGAUUUACAACUGGAGUCGCACCAAAACACCAGUGCCGUACCUCCUAGUGGAGAGAAAACAGUGAGGUUUACUACCAGCAAUCCAGCUACUGAUGUGACACGAAGUCGCACUGUAAAAAUUGCCACCGAUUUUGACAAGAAGUUGCAUCAAAAUGUAGAUUUUCCACCUACCUCCGAAGAGAAAACAGUGAGGUUCAAUGCAAAUGAUGGAGCAAUGGAUAUGACGGAGUGCCUCACUAUAAGUAUUCCAAGUGUUUCUGCACCAGACCUGGUUCUACCAUUGCAAAAGGUUCUGCCCAUUCAGGAAAUCCAGGGUCUUUCUUUUAAAGUAGAGAAAUCAAAUAGUGAGGCCCGUGGUCUGCAUGGAAACAUAUCUUCGUCAGCACAUGAAUUUAAAAACUUGUCAAACACAAGUGGCCUGUGGACUGAUAUUAAACAACAGGACAAUGAUAUACCAUCCCCUCAAAAAGCUACGGACCCAAGGGACAUACUGAUACAGCUUAAAACACAGAAACCUGCUAUGAAUCCUGAAAGUGAAGCUCCAGGUUUGGUUUCAUCUUUCAAAAAGAAGCCAGUAAGUACAACCAUGAUGGACUGUACAGAAAUCAAUGUGAGCAUGGAUAUGACUGAAGCUCAAACAGGAUGCAUUUUGGGUCAGACGUGCACAGAUGACCCCCUUCAGUGCCUGUCCUCCACACAAGAUCCCAAUUCAGACCUCACACAGAGGAGUGGUGAUUUGGUGUUAUCCAAUCCUGAUGACCAGGAAAUUGUGAAUGUGCCAGAUUCUCUUAACUCAAACGAAAGGGAGAACACAGAAGAACCUGAACCAAGAACUACAGCUUGUCUGAUAUCACAGGAUAUGGAAAGGUCACCCAAUUUUGCUGCCAAGGAUGCUGAUGCGUUGUGCUCACGAAAGUCUAGACGAAUCAGUUUAGCUGAUAUUCAGUCAAAAGUAAGGCGUUUGAGUCACAUGAUAAGUGCAGCUCCCAGUGCAGUUGGAACCGAUAACUGCACUGCACCUUUGCAUCAUUUGGAGCAAGACCUCGAGAAAAACUCAAAAGAUAAAACAUUACCUGUCACUGUGGCAGAAGCUGAAAUGGAAUUGGUAAACACUGAAGACAAUGCACGAGCUCAGUGUUUUAUAGAAGCAGAGCAUCCCAGUGAUGCUAUUACUACAACUCCUUUCAGCUCAAAGACCAAACAGCUUAUGUCAAGAAUCUCACUGGGAGGCUUUAAGCCGAAACUGCCCCAAAAAUUCAAACCUGAUGAGUCAAAGAGAGUGAAAUCUUCAGGACAGCAUACAAAGAUGAUCACCGUCAACGUUGCCAAGGAGGUGAACACCUUUGAUGGUGAUGUUAGUGAUAUUUACGAUGAAGAGCUGGGUAGUUAUGAAGAUAUGUCAGAAACACUGGACACUAGAAGUCCUCAGAAAAGUCCAGAGUUCAACAUGGUCGAACCUUUAGAGGACACUGUAUUUGAAGACGAUGUUAUUAACCCUGUUCAUGGACAAAAGAGACUUCUGCCAGAAGAUAAAACUACUGUGGAGGAUCAAAAGAGAAUGAAAGCAUCCUGUGAGACUGUUGAAGUGUCAGAGGUCCUAGAGUGUGACAGUAAUAUAACUACAGCUCAUACGACUACACAGACAAUAGAUUCCUCCAGCAAUCACACAGCCAGCAUCAAAUGCGAAACUGCAUCUGAGUCAACUUUUAAACACAGCUUGUUUGAAUCUCAGCUUGAAGACAGUGCUGUUGAUGUGCAGAUGAAACUCAAAGAUGGCACCAUAACGGUCUCGGAGUUCUUUAAACUCUUCGGCAUUGACUUUGUCAUCCAUAAUCCUCGAGAGAGUGUCCUUCCUGGCAGAUUUUUGUCAGACACAGAGGCCUCACCAAUGGAUUUACUGAAAGACCAACAUAUCAGUCGUCCUAAACAGAUGGUCUAUGAGACGGAUGUCUUUAACCUCACAGGAAAGGUUGAAGGGCUGAAGGUGCGAAUGCGGGAUCUAAACAAACCUCUUAAUACUGUCAAUAGAUCUUUGUGGGAGGACAUGAGAUAUGCUUCAGAUAAAGAGCUGAAAUCUUUUGGGGCUAAACUAAAGGAGAGAAAUAACUUCUUCAGAAAAACAAGCAAAGUUCAGUCACAUGAAAUGAAGGAGGUUCUGUACUCAAAUCUUGUGCAGGCGAAUCUGGAGGAGCAGCAGAAGUUAAGAGGAAGAAUUCAGGAAGCAGAUGAGAUGAUAAAAACUCUGGAUGACUGUAUUUGUGAAUUAGAAACAGAAUUAUCUGCAGUUGAAGAAAAAGGGUUUGAAGACAAACCAAGUCUGAAGUCGCUGCAGGAAGAAAUGAAGAGAGUCACUGAGACGACGGCUGAUAAUGAGAGACAAAUAUCUGAACUAGAGAUGCAGAAGAAGCAGAAUUCAAGUAAAGUCAAAAGGCUUCGAGCUGAGACGAGGAACCUGGAGAUUCAUAUGGGCGUUCUGAAUAUGAUGAAUGAAUGGAAGCUCAGAGAAAUGAGGGACAACUGCAGAGUCUUCACUUUCCUCCAUGAGACCAUGCAUCUGCAGCUGGUGUUUGAAAAGGCCAAUGGUAAUGAUGCCGGCACUGAGCAGAAAAUAACACACAUCACUUUUAAACUGGAACUCGAUGAUGAGAAGUCACAGUGCCAUGCACGCCUUGUUCACAAAUUGAUCUCCGAGUACAUUGAAGGUGAAAGUUGCUGGGUAAAGAAAUACCCAACAAGAAGACAAGUACCAAAGCUUCUCCAUGAUGUCAGCCUGGUGGUGAGUCGAUGUCGUCUUCUGGGAGAGGAACUGCGUCUCCUGAAACUGUGGGGAGGUCUACGGCUGGAUAUACUCGACAUCAGCUGCAUGGACACCAAAGUGCGCAUUGUCUUCAGCAGUCUGAAGAAAUUUUCCAAAUUUGAGGUCGUCUUUGCCAUCUGUCUCAUCAACCACUUCUGUGUCCUGCAAGUAGAGAGCUUUAAAAACAUCAUUGGAAGCACAACGAUUCAACAGAUUGAAGACAUUGUGGCUUCGUUCACUCCCGCCAAAAACCUGCUGACAAAGACUGUCAGAAAGAUUCAUGAAGUGUUAUUAUGUUGAGACCAGGAAUGAGUCCAGGAUCACAUUUUGAUUCUAGUUGUUUGUAAUUAAAGUCUGUUGUACAGUAUAGAGGGGAAAGACUAAAAACUUGAAUUCUUUUACAAAUCCAAGAAUAAGUAUAGUGUACAGAGUCUUAGUCUGGCGUUUCGUCUGAUGUGUGAAAGAUGUGCUGUUUUGCUUUUUGCUGUACACACAAACAGUUCUCACUGUACAAAGCUGUUCUGUUUCUGCAGACUUUAAUGUUCCAAUAUGGGCAAAAAAAUAAAAAGAUGAAUUGGCUCAAAUGAAAGCUAUGUUUUGAGUUAAAAGGAUUUGCAAACAUUGAAAUCUAAAGAACUCUUUAAAAAAAAAAAAACAGCAUUACUGACUGCACGAUUAUGGUCACUGUAGUUUAAAACAUAAAACCCUAUUAUUGUAUUAUUGUGGUGCAGUUUCCAGAGUUGCCUCUAGAUGGUGGACAUUACCCAUCACCUGUUGGAAGUUUUUGCUGAACCUCCCACAUGUAAAUAUCAGUAUCGCUUUUGUUUAUACUGAAAUGAUUAUAAGCUCAUAAUCUCUUUCCAGGCUUUUUUUAUUAGACAGCAGUAACUGUAAAAUAAAUAUGCUUUGCA